AUGGAAACUAAAAACCAGAGUGGAGCAUCAUGUUUCCUCCUCCUGGGUCUCUCAGAGGAUCCUGAAUUGCAGUCCCUUCUCUUUGGACUGUUCCUGUCCAUUUAUCUGUUUGCAUUGCUUGGGAACCUGCUCAUCAUCCUGGCCAUCAACUACGAUUCCCACCUCCACACCCCUAUGUACUUCUUCCUCUCCAACUUGUCUUUUGUGGACAUCUGUUUCAUCUCUUCCUCAGUUCCCAAGAUGCUGGUGAACAUCCAGGCACACAGCAAAGACAUCUCCUACAGGGAGUGCCUGACUCAAGUGUAUUUUUUAAUGGUUUUUUCUGCAAUGGAUGAUCUUCUCCUCACUGUGAUGGCCUAUGACCGCUUUGUGGCCAUCUGUCACCCCCUGAACUACACAGUUAUUAUGAACCCCCGAUUCUGUAGCCUCCUGGUUUUGGUGCCCUGGGUCAUCAUUUUCUGUGUCUCUGUGAUUCAAAUUUUCCUAAUGAUGCAGAUCAGUUUCUCUACAGACACAGAAAUCCCUCAUUUUGUCUGUGAACUAGCUCAGGUUCUUAAAGUGGCGAGCUCUGACACAUUCAUCAUUAACAUCUUUCUCUAUGUGGUAGCUUCACUUCUGGGUGUGUUUCCUGUGACUGCGAUUCUCUUCUCUUACACUAAGAUUGUCUCCUCCUUGCUGAGGAUGUCCUCCUCUACAAGCAGGUAUAGAGCAUUUUCUACCUGUGGGUCUCACCUCUGUGUGGUCUCCUUGUUCUAUGGAACAGCACUCGGGGUGUACCUCAGUUCAGCCGUGACCCAUUCUUCCCGGGCAAGCAUGUACGCCUCUGUGAUGUACACUGUGGUGACUCCAAUGCUGAACCCCUUCAUCUACAGCCUGAGGAACAAGGAUGUGAAGGGGGCCCUGGGGAAACUUCUCAGCAGAGCAGCCUCUUGUCCAUCAUGGCCCAGGUCAUGUUAG